AUGGCGACCGCAACAGAAGUUGCCGCGUCGUCCAACCCGACCAUCGCGCCCUACGACCAUGGGCUGAACGGCGUGAACCAGACCGUCAAUAUGCUCUUUAGGGACAUGCUUUGGUGGAGUCUGGGCAUAUUGGCACUAAUCAUUCUCUGCAUUCGCCUCAUGGAGAUCGUAUGGAGCAAGCUGCGUCAGGUUAUGGCCAUGUCCGUCCCGGCCGAGCGGCAGAGCUACUGGAAACACUCGCAAUGGAGUUGGAUGCCCAGUCUGAAGAAGCACCUCGUCUACGCGCCCCUUUGGAACAAGAGACACAACCGCGAGCUCAAGCUCUCCCAGGCUAUCAGCAUUGGGACGCUGCCAUCCCGCCUUCAGUCUGUCAUCCUGGGUAUCUAUUUAUUCAGUAAUUUCGUCUACAUGUUUGUGGUCGAUUGGUCCAAGGAAAACAUGUACUCCUUUUUGGCCGAAGUUCGCGGUCGAUCGGGUACCCUGGCCGCAGUCAACAUGGUGCCCCUCAUCAUCAUGGCCGGGCGCAACAACCCCCUCAUCGGCAUGCUGAGGGUCAGCUUCGACACAUAUAAUCUCCUCCACCGAUGGAUGGGCCGAAUGGUGGUCUUGGAGGCACUCAUCCACACCAUCGUCUGGGCCAUAGUGCAAGUUGCCGAUGCGGGCUGGGAGGGUCUCAACAUUAGGCUCAUCCAACAGAGCUUCAUCUCUUCUGGGUUCUGUGGCACGCUUGCGUUGCUCAUUCUUGUCGUCCUGUCCCUCGGUCCCAUUAGACACGCCUUCUACGAGACCUUCCUGAACACUCACAUCAUCCUGGCAUUCAUCGUCUUGGCCUGUACUUGGGUCCACUGCGCCACCGCUAGUAUCGCCGGCGGUCUGCCCCAGCUUCCGUGGAUGGUGGCUAUCUUCCUGCUGUGGACCGCCGAGCGCAUGGCACGGAUGUUCCGCUUGGUAUACCACAACUGGUCCACCAGGGGCUUCACCGAAGCCAUUGUGACGCCGAUGCCUGGCGAAGCUUGCCGGGUGACGAUGCACUUGCCUCGUCAUGUUGACGUCAACCCAGGAACUCACGCCUAUAUCCGGUUCAAGGACAUCCACCCUUGGGAAAACCACCCCUUCUCCAUCGCCUGGAUCGAACACUUCCCGCUCGUUGAUAAGAACAACAUCGAGAAGGAGGUGCCCACCGAGGCCGAGAUCAAGCGCGGUACCACGUCCGUGUCCUUCGUCAUCGGCGCCCACACUGGCUUCACCCGCGCUCUCUUCAAUAAGGCUAGCAUGGCCCCCUCUGCGUCCAUCAACUUGCGGGCUGCCAUGGAAGGGCCCUACGCCGGUCAUCACUCCCUGGACUCUUACGGUCAUGCCGUCCUCUUUGCCGGGUCUACCGGCAUUACGCAUCAGCUUUCCUACUUGAAACCCAUUAUUGAGGGGUUCAACGCCGGAACGAUUGCGACGCGACGAAUUACAUUGGUGUGGAUCAUGCGCGACUACGAGGCUUUGGAAUGGGUACGGCCGUGGAUGGACGCUAUCCUGCGCCUGCCGAGACGGAAAGAGAUCCUCAAUAUCCGGAUAUUCAUCACGCGGCCCAAGAACCCUAAGGAAGUUCACUCGCCUUCGUCAACCGUGCAGAUGUUUCCUGGACGCCCCAACUGUGUGACCCUCCUCAAGAAGGAAGUGGAGGAGCAAGUCGGAGCAAUGGUGGUCACCGUGUGCGGACCAGGCGCGCUCGCCGACGAUGUGCGACAAGCGGUGCGCGAAGUGCAGGAUGAGCAGUCGGUGGUAGACUUUUGCGAGGAGUCUUUCACGUGGUAG